AUGAGUAAAACAUUUAGUGGAAUUGUUCAAAUUUCUAAUGUCAGUGAUUAUAUACUUCCAUCUCAGGGAUGUAUAAUACCUUUGGCAACUGAUAAAAAAAAAGAAAGUGUUGCCGAGGUUUCACUUAAAAAAAAACCUUCUGCAAAUUUAAAAGAUAAAAAAGAAUUAAAAGAAAAAGUUAAAAUUUCACUAAAUGAUUGUCUUUCGUGUAAUGGAUGUGUGACAACUGCAGAAGUUUUACUAAUUGAAAGUCAAACAACGGAAGAAAUGUUAAGAGGACUUUUAGAAUCAAAAGUUUCAGUAGUCACAUUAUCUCCACAAAGUAUCACUUCCAUUGCUCAUAACAAAAAUAUAUCAGUUUCAGAUGCAGCAAAAUUGAUUUGUGCUUAUUUUUAUAAAAACGGUGUCACCCACGUAAUUGACUCAUCCUUUGGUCGUUAUAUUAGUUUAGAAAAAAGUUUUGAGGAAUUUAAAAGUAUUUAUGAAAGUAAUUCUAAACAUCCUGUCAUUUGUUCUGUUUGCCCAGUUCCUUAUUUGUCAAAAGUAAGGAGUCCUCAAGCAAUGAAUGCCUUAUUAGUAAAAAAUUAUUUUGCAUCAAAAUAUAAUAUUGAAACAAAAGAUAUUUAUCAUGCAUCAGUAAUGCCUUGUUAUGAUAAAAAAUUAGAAGCAAGCAGAAAUGAUUUUGUUAUGGAUGAUGGUAAUAGAGAAAUUGACUGUGUCAUUGGUACCAAUGAAUUAAGUAAACUUUUAGAAAAUUUUAAUUAUUCUGAUAACAUAGAACAAAACGAAAACAGUAAUAAUAAUAAUUGGUUAAAUCGGUUAAAAUACGGUAAUGUAAUUGGUGGUAUAUCUGAUCCAUCAGGAGGUUAUUCAAAAUAUAUUAUUCAUAAAUCAAUUGAAAGUAUAUUUUUUGAUAAAGUUGUUUAUAUUAAUGAAGAGCUUAAGAGCAAAGAUCUAACAGUUAUAGAAAUAAUUGACACUUCAUCUGGAAAAGUCUUAUUAACAGCUGCAAAUAUAUUUGGUUUUAAAAAUAUUCAAAAUGUGGUUCAAAAAAUAAAACGAAAUAAAUGCACUUAUGAUUAUAUUGAAGUAAUGGCAUGUCCAUCUGGUUGUACAAAUGGAUCUGCCCAGAUUAGGGGUGAAAUGAUAGUUGACCGAGCCUCUAACUUGCAAGCAAUCAACAGUAUGUAUACCUCUAUUCCAUCACUUCCAGAUGCGGAAGAUGAAGUAAAAGAGCUCAUUGCUGAAUGGCCUAUAAAUAAAUCAAGUUUUGACACAUCUUUUCAUAUAAUUGAUUCAAGUGUUCUUAACUUAAACGCAGUUUCAAAUAUGUUUUAA